CAUUUUUCGGCUGCUCAACACUAGCGUCAGCCAUUUUUUUCACGCUCAAAAAAAAAGUCGUGGAAAACGAAGAAAAGUUUACGAAAACGGCGCAUAGCGACUCGAAAAAGUUCGUAGAGACCAACCAAAGCAUGCAAAACUGAAGUUCGCGAGUGUCCGCCGUGAGUGAAUCAAAAAUCUGAAGAUGGAAACCGUCGUGGCUUUCAACAAUGAGCUCUCCGGGCUCUACGACAGCCGGCCGCCCAUAUCUAAGGCCAAGAUGGCUGCAAUCACCAAGUCAGCGAUGCGAGCCAUCAAGUUCUACAAGCAUGUUGUGCAAAGCGUGGAGAAGUUCAUCCUCAAGUGCAAGCCGGAGUACAAGGUGCCCGGCCUGUACGUUAUCGACUCGAUCGUCCGUCAGUCCCGGCACCAGUACGGCACCGAGAAGGACGUGUUUGCACCACGCUUCCAGCGCAACCUGCCAGAGACGUUUGCCAAUCUCUUCCGCUGCGCUCCCGAGGACAAGAGUCGCAUCAUCCGAGUGCUAAACUUGUGGCAGAAAAACAACGUUUUCAAGUCGGAGGUUAUCCAGCCAAUCUUCGAUCUGGCUGAUCCCAACCAUCCCAUUUACCACCAGAUGCCUCCGCUGAACUCCAGUGGCGGUCCCGGAGGCAGCGUGGGUCCUGGCCCCAGCAGUAGCGGUGCCCUCAGCUUAGCAGACCUGUCGAGCGGACCCAACGGUCUCAACAGCUCGAGCAUGAGCAUGGAGCUAAGCCUAAACAACGCCGCUGCGGAAGACAAGAUGGGCGGAAAUAUGCCUGACCUAUCGCAUGGCCACGAGAAAUACGGCAGUGGUAGUAGUAGCUCCAAGCGGUAUUAUGCGGAGCAGCACUAUGCCAAACGCCAGUCGGUGGCCUCAUGUUCGUCAAAGUCGAGCAAGUCGCACCAUCACAAGAGGGAAUACGUGAAGGGGACUCAUGAAAUCGAGUAUCAAGUGCGGGAGUUCAUCGAGGAAGAGGACGAGGGCAUGCAAAUGAUGAUGGCGGACGAUCACCACUGCAUGGGCGAUGACUCGCCGCCAACUUCAUCGAAACUGCUAGACAACAACAAUCUCAAGCAACUGCUAAACGAUCCCAAUGUGCUGCGGCAGCUGCAGACUCUGCAGAACUUCCAAAAGUUCAAGCAGCAAGAAGAGAACCAAAAACACCGCUACCCGGACGACGCACUACAGCAGCACUUCCAAAACGUCUUGAAGAGUUCUGGUGGAAUGCCACCGGGAAUGGGCAUGGGCAUGGGCCUAAACGACGCCAUGGACCUCAACAAGGACGUGGAGUUCAUAUCGGAGCAGCAGUCCAUUGAGGUGAUCAAUCUGGAUGGGGCUGAUUCGCGGAGUCCGACUCCUGAUCGGGAUCGCUACAAGCGCAGCCGCCGGAGCAGCCGCAGCCGGUCAAGGUCACCCCGUGGACGAGGCGCUGGCGGUGGAGGAGGCGCUACCGGCACGGAUCGUCGUCGGCGAGGCUCUCGAUCGCGGUCGCGCAGUCGAUCGCCGCGCUCCAGCCGCCGGAGAGGAUCUCGAGACCGGGAACGCAGCAACCGGGACAAGGAGAGAGAGCGUGAACACGAGCGUGAGCGGCGGAAGAAGGGCCUGCCAGAUAUCAAGAAGGAGCACCUCAGCGUUUGCAGUACCACGCUGUGGGUGGGCCACCUGUCAAAGCUUGUCUACCAGGAGGAGUUGUCGGACACCUUUGGCGAAUAUGGUGACAUCGUGAGCAUCGACCAAAUUAUACCGCGCGGCUGCGCUUUUAUUGUAAUGAACCGGCGCCAGGAUGCGCACAAGGCCAUGCAGGCACUUAAAAACCACAAACUUCAGGGACGCGCCAUCACCAUCUCGUGGGCAGCUGGCAAAGGUGUCAAAAGUAAAGAGUGGAAGGACUUCUGGGACUUGGAGCUGGGAGUUACCUACAUCCCAUGGAACAAGCUGAGUCCGGACACGGACUUUGAUGCUUUGGAAGAGGGCGGCAUGUUUGACGAAGACACUAUGCCAGGUUGGAUGAACCAGAAGAUCAGCCAGGUCAAAAAUCAUACCAAGGAGCCGGUGGCAACGACUGUCUCGGAGGUGCCCGCACCCACUGUGGGAGUGCCUCCGCCGGGUCUCAUGUUCGGUAUUGACACCACACAACCGCCGCCAGUGGGACCAGUUGGUCCUCCUCCCGGUCCGGGAGGACCUCCGCCGGGGCUAAUGGGAAUGGUGCGGGGUCAGUUCCCGAUGGCCCCGCCAAUGGCCCUCAAUAUGCCGCCGCCCAUGAUGAUGCCGCCUACCAAUAUGCCGCCCCCCAUUAUGAUACCUACGACCAACAUGCCUCCACCGAUGAUGAUGCCCCCCAACAUGAUGCCUCCAGGGUUUCCAGGUAUGGGCGGCCCCCCACACCCCAUGGGCCUGCCACCUGGAGCGCCAUUUCCUCCGCCUGGGGCAGUGCCGCCGCCCAUCGCUGGCGGACCGCCACAGAUUCCCGGGGGCGGACCACCGCCCAUUUCAGGCGGCAUACCGCCACCGAUUUCCGGCAGCGUGCCGCCGCCAAGUAACAAUAGCGGCAAUGUGAGCGACGAUCAAAUGGACAUCGAAAUGGACCUGGAGGACGCCCCACCUCCACCUCCGAAUCAGCAGCAGUCGUCCAUGGACGCGGCUGUGGCGGCCGUUGCCAACGAAAUGUUUCAGCGGGAACGAGAACGCAAUAGGGAUGGGGAUCGUUCCCGGGGCCCAGGCGGAGGUUCGCGUUGGGGAGGACGAGAGGAUGUGUCAGAAGCGGCUGAGCGUUGGCGUGCAGAGAACGGUGGAGGUCCGGGAGGACCUGGCCAGGCCCAAGGGCCCAACGCUGCCUUCAAUGAGGCGCGUGCGCGUCUAAACCUAAACCCAAUUGAUCACGGAAUGCCAAGGCCUGACUUUAUGGGCAUAGAUUUUGAUAAUCGCGGCGGACCUCGAAUGGGACCUCGAAGCGGGAACCAUAAUGGAGGACCAGGUGGACCAGGAGGCCCCGGUGGACCAGGUGGUCCCGGAGGCGACUUCUUCCCUCCCAAUAUGAACCACAACCGAUUCAAUCAGCCCACUAGCCUGAUGCAAAUGCGCAUCCCGCCACCAGCGGUGUUUAAUCAGCGUAUGGGCGGUCCAGCUGGUAAUGGUGGCAACGGAGUCGGCCCCAUGUUUAUGCGGAACCAGGGUGGCGGCGGUGGUCCGGGCGGACGUCAGCAAGGACCAGGUUUCUUCAAUCCUCGGAAUCCCUUCAAUGACAACCAACGCGGCGGUCGAGGAGGCGGUGGGCGUAAUAUGGGAGGUGGGGGAAGAGGAGGUCGUUGGAGUGACGAUGAAGACGAAGGGGGAAAUAACUUCAAGCGCCGUGGAGGACCUGGUGGACCCGGAGGACCUGGUGGACCUGGAGGACCAGGAGGUCCUGGUGGUAACCGUUUUAGAGGGGACCGCGAUAUGGGCGAUGAUCGUCGCGGCAACAAUCAGCGCGGAGGUCGUGGUGGCCAACGUGAUGGCCAACGUGAUGGCCAACGUGAUGGCCAACGUGAUGGUCCCCGUGAUGGUCCACGUGAUGGCCCGCGUGAUGGACCAGAUCGUGAGCGCCAAUCUUUUGGAAACCGUCGCGCCUCGCGGGAUGAUAGCAGCCGUUACUCAGUAAGUUCAUUGGACGAAGGCACCAAGCCAGCGCAGGAAUCGGAAAGCAAGCCCAAGACCGUCGAGAAAAGAGAAGGACCGCCUGCCGCCGCAGGGGCGGUUGACACCGAGGAGGACUGGGACCGCGAGCUGCAGGACUACGACGCCCGAGAGGCGCAAAAGACAGAGUCCAGUGCUCUCCAGACUUUGGAGAGUGUGCCACCGGAAAAGACAGAAGAUUUUGCCAAGCCAGCUGAUGUAGCAACCGAUUCAUCAGAGCCGAAGCCCCAACACGAUGCUUCACCCGCCUGCACGCCUCUUUAUGAUGAGAUACCAGCACCUGUUCGGGACACGAGAGAGGACGAACCGGCAGCUGAGGCUCGGCCUUCGCCGCCACAUCCCGAACCAGAGGUUACUCACACAGAGGCUGCGCCCAAAGAAGAUUGGGCUCCAGCGCCGGCAGCUGAGCCCCAGGCGGAUGCUUCGACCGCAGAGAAUCCAAGUGAACCAGUUGCCGCUGCUGCUGCUACUGCUCCAGAUACUGCCGAUGAUGGAACUGCCGAUGAUGCAUAGGACGACCGACGGACGAACCAACCAAGGAACAAAUGGCCCCCUUGAGCAAAUUAAAGUGAAACUGUAAUUUAUAAUUUCCUUUAAAAAAGAAACUAAAUGUAACUACAUAUUUGCGAAAAUAUUACAAUUUUUAUAGUGAGAUUACGGCGCAUUUGUGGACAAGAAUGGAUGGACGGUUGCUUUUAAAUCGGUUACUUUACUAACAGGGGACUUCUUCGAAACUACACCACACAUUGUAGUUCAGAUACAAAUACCGAUAAACAGAUUGUAGCAAAUAAUUAGCAAAACAGAUUGAAUGGACAGGAAAUUGACAGGAGCGGCAUGAGUGGAGCCCAAUCAGAAGAAUCAAUUGCAACGCUGGGAAUGUUUAUUAUUUUGUUAUGUAUUUAGUUUUAAGAGUCUAUUUAACACUCAAAUUGUUUCUAAUGCGCAGAUUUUAGGUACACGCAUAAUAAUGUACAAUUCAAAUACACCUAUAUUACCGGAUACUAUAAAAUAAAGAAAAAAAUUUAAAC